AAUGAAUGAAUUUGGAUAAGUUACAUAUUUAUAUCACGAAAAGCAGCCACGACAUUCCUUUCACAGGGUUACGCGUGCAAACAUUUACCGUGAACUUUUCGGAAUUAAGUUAGCUCGCUAGCUGGCUACCUAUCUAGCUUAAUGCAAACCAUAUAACGACUGGAUUUGAAAGUGUUCUGUUUCAGCAGAAAAGGCAGCCUCAGCAUGUGGGACACAGAGAUCCGGGGCAUGGCCUCGGCUCAUGCCAUUAUUGCCUCCUCCGUCUUCAUGGCCACCAUUUUGCCAGCCAUCCUUCUGGAGAAGUUCUCUGUGUACGGCAUGCAUUUGGUCUGGCUCUACUCUGUUGCUGGAUCUGUUGCUGUUGUCAACAUCGCUGUCUUCUGGCUCCUUGGCAUCAGUCCACCAACAAAAAGACACACAUUAAGUUACAAGAUAUCCAGACUUGUGCGCUCCUGCCUCUACUUCCUGCUGUCCUGCUUGUUCUUUCACACGGUGGUUGUCCUCUAUGGAGCCCCUCUCUUGGAAAGUGCUCUGGAAACGUUCUCUCUGGCUGUCCUAUUGUCAAGUAUGACCACGCUACGGUGUCUCUGUAUGCUGGGGCCCAAUGUCCAGGCUUGGAUCCGUGUGUUUAGCAGGGAUGGGGCCAUGUCAGUGUGGGACACGUCUCUGCAGAUCACCACAGGGUGCAGUGUGCUUGGAGCCUGGCUCGGGGCAUUCCCCAUCCCUCUGGACUGGGACCGGCCAUGGCAGGUGUGGCCCAUCUCCUGCACACUGGGCACCACGGUGGGCUUCCUCACGGGCCUGCUGCUCGCCCCCGUCUGGAUCCACUGCCACCGCAAGCAGCUCAUCUACAAGAGCAAGUAACGUCUGGAGGCACGACGAAAUGUGCAUAAGUGUGCACUCACACACACACACACACACACACACACACACACACACACACACACACACAAAAGAAAGAAGCUGAUGUGGACAAACGGGGCGGUGGCGGCGGCGGAGGCAUGUGAUCCUCAGAUAUUGAGACGUGUCAGUCAGGACCAGGGGACAUGUGAAGGACUCCCCCCCCCCCCCCCCCCCCACCCCCCUCCAGUAGUCACUGAGGUCAUAUACACAGGAAAUGUUUUAAAAAAUGUCUUGUCUUAAUUUAAAACUUUUGUUCUUUUUGUACUAUUUUGGUGGCAGUAUGUAUUCUUUUCUUUGUGUGUUCUGUUUGUCCCCCCCAUAAGGUAUUUGGUACUGAGUAAUACAGACUUUACUGAGACAUUUUAUACAGUGGGUGGAUGAAAGAGAAAGAGAUAGAGAGAGCAAGAGAUUGAGAAAAAGAUAGCAAGGGAAUUUUGCAAUCCAGCGAACAGAGAUGCACUAUUUCCUUUUUUUUUCUGGUAGCAAAUAAAGAAUCACUUCUGUAAA